CCCCUCUGCUUCCCUGUCAGAAGUCAGCAUGUCACUGAAAAGCGAGUCCAGGGUAAACACUUCGGCACUGCAGAAAAUCGCCGCAGACAUGAGCAAUCUGAUAGAAAAUCUGGACACCCGGGAACUCCACUUUGAGGGGGAGGAGGUGGAGUAUGAUGCAUCUCCUGGAGACCCCAAGGCUCAGGAAGAGUACAUCCCAUUCUCUUCCAUUUACAACACUCAAGGAUUUAAGGAGCCCAACAUCCAGACCUACCUCUCCGGCUGCCCCGUGAAAGCACAAGUCUUGGAAGUGGAGCGCUUCACGUCUACCACGAGGGUGCCAAGUAUCAAUCUGUACACUAUUGAGUUAACACAUGGGGAAUUCACGUGGCAAGUUAAGCGGAAAUUCAAGCACUUCCAAGAGUUUCAUAGAGAGCUGCUCAAGUACAAAGCCUUCAUCCGAAUCCCCAUUCCUACCAAAAGACAUACCUUUAGAAGACAAAAUGUCAAAGAAGAGCCCCGAGAGAUGCCCAGUCUGCCCCGUUCAUCAGAAAACACAAUCCAGGAAGAACAGUUCUUCGGCAGGAGGAAGCAACUGGAGGAUUACUUGACAAAAAUACUAAAAAUGCCCAUGUACAGAAACUACCAUGCCACGACAGAGUUCCUUGAUGUAAGCCAGCUGUCUUUCAUCCAUGAUUUGGGACCAAAGGGCCUGGAGGGGAUGAUCAUGAAAAGAUCCGGGGGACACAGGAUACCAGGUUUGAAUUGCUGUGGCCAGGGAAGAGCCUGCUACCGAUGGUCAAAAAGGUGGUUAAUAGUGAAAGACUCCUUCCUGCUGUAUAUGAAACCAGACAGUGGGGCCAUAGCCUUCGUCCUCCUUGUAGAUAAAGAAUUCAGAAUAAAAGUGGGAAGGAAAGACACAGAAACCAAGUACGGACUUCGAAUCGAUAAUCUUUCAAGGACACUGAUUUUGAAAUGUAACAGCUACCGACAUGCUCGGUGGUGGGGAGGGGCCAUAGAAGAGUUCAUUCAGAAGCACGGCGCUGACUUUCUCAAAGACCAUCGCUUCGGUUCCUACGCGGCUGUCCAUGAGAACAUUUUAGCUAAAUGGUAUGUGAACGCCAAAGGCUACUUUGAAGAUAUCGCAAAUGCCAUGGAAGGUGCAACAGAGGAGAUUUUUAUCACAGACUGGUGGUUAAGUCCGGAAAUCUUCCUGAAGCGCCCAGUGGUGGAAGGCAACCGCUGGAGGCUGGACUACAUCCUCAAACGGAAAGCACAACAAGGUGUUCGGAUUUUCAUAAUGCUUUACAAAGAGGUGGAGCUAGCCCUCGGAAUCAACAGCGAAUACAGCAAGCGGACUUUGAUGCGGCUGCACCCCAAUAUAAAGGUGAUGAGGCACCCAGACCAUGUGUCAUCCAGUGUCUAUCUGUGGGCUCAUCAUGAGAAGCUUGUCAUUAUCGACCAAUCGGUGGCUUUUGUGGGUGGGAUUGACCUCGCCUAUGGAAGGUGGGAUGACGAUGAACACAGACUCACAGAUGUGGGCAGUGUGAAGCGAGUCACCUCAGGACUGUCCAUGGGCUCUCUCACAGCAGCAACAAUAGAGUCUACGGAAUCCUUAAACCUCAAGGAUAAACAUGAAUCUCAUAAAAACGAGCCCAUCAUGAAGAGUAUAGAUGAAACAGACGGCAAGCUGAAAGGGAUAGGAAAGCCCCGGAAAUUCUCCAAGUUUAGUCUCUAUCGACAGCUGCACCGUCGCCAUCUGCACAACUCAGACAGCGUCAGCAGCAUCGACAGCGUCUCCAACACUGGCUCCAUCCGAAGUGUGCAGACAGGUGUGGGAGAGCUCCACGGGGAGACCAGGUUUUGGCAUGGGAAGGAUUACUGCAACUUUGUCUUCAAGGACUGGGUUCAACUGGACAAGCCUUUUGCUGAUUUCAUUGACAGGUACUCCAUGCCCCGGAUGCCUUGGCAUGAUAUUGGUUCUGUGGUCCAUGGGAAGGCAGCUCGUGAUGUGGCUCGUCACUUCAUCCAGCGCUGGAACUUCACGAAGAUUAUGAAGCCAAAAUACCGCUCCCUUUCUUACCCUUUCCUGCUCCCCAAAUCACAAACCACUGCACAUGAGCUGAGGUAUCAGGUGCCUGAGGCAGUCCCCGCCAGAGUGCAGCUGCUCCGAUCUGCUGCUGAUUGGUCUGCUGGGAUAAAGCACCACGAGGAGUCGAUCCACACUGCCUACACCUAUGUGAUAGAGAACAGCAAACACUACAUCUACAUUGAAAACCAAUUUUUCAUAAGCUGCGCUGAUGAUAAAGUUGUGUUCAACAAGGUGGGCGAUGCUAUCGCCCAAAGAAUCCUGAAAGCCCACAGGGAAGGCCAGAGAUACCGGGUGUACAUUGUAAUACCACUGCUGCCGGGAUUUGAAGGAGACAUUUCCACAGGCGGAGGGAAUGCUCUACAGGCGAUAAUGCACUUCAACUACAGAACCAUGUGCAGAGGGGAGAACUCCAUCCUUGGACAAUUAAAGCCAGAGCUUGGUAAUCAGUGGAUAAAUUACAUAUCGUUUUGUGGCCUGAGAACACAUGCAGAGCUGGAAGGGAACCUAGUCACUGAGCUCAUCUAUGUCCACAGCAAGUUGCUAAUUGCUGAUGACAACACAGUUGUUAUCGGUUCUGCCAACAUCAAUGACCGGAGCAUGCUGGGAAAGCGAGACAGUGAAAUGGCCGUCAUAGUGCAGGACACAGAGACGGUCCCCUCAGUGAUGGAUGGAAAAGAGUACCAAGCCGGCCGCUUCGCCCAAGGACUCCGGCUGCAGUGCUUCAGGCUCGUCCUUGGCUAUCUCUCCGAUCCGAGUGAGGACCUCCAGGAUCCUGUGUGUGACAAAUUCUUCAAGGAGAUUUGGGUUUCAACAGCAGCUCGGAAUGCUACCAUUUAUGAUAAAGUGUUCCGUUGCCUUCCGAAUGAUGAAGUGCACAAUUUAAUACAGUUGAGAGACUUUAUAAGCAAGCCCAUAUUAGCAAAAGAUGACCCCGUUCGUGCUGAGGAGGAGCUGAGGAAGAUCCGAGGCUUCUUGGUUCAGUUCCCUUUUUAUUUCUUAUCUGAGGAAAACCUCCUGCCUUCUGUAGGAACCAAGGAAGCCAUGGUGCCCAUGGAGGUUUGGACAUAAGACAAACUGCUGCAAGUCAAGGAUUUCUAACCUGAAGACCACAUUGCAUAUGGUGCCUUCCUAAGGACUUCACAGCCAGACUCAGGCCCGAUGCACUCCUGUGACCAACCCACUGGACUCAUUGGAGUGAAUGAGGGGUCAGUGGUCACGCUGAUGUAAGGACUCUCUGCAGAAGCAAGCCUUCAUCAUGUAUCCUGCCUGUCCUUGAGCUAGCAUACGUUCAAACAAUACCAAACACAGAUGCAAAUUACAGGAUACAUAUCAAAAACCUGUCUCCUUUGCUAACAAAAAUCAGCCUGUAACUGUGGUUCAAACUGCCAAAAGUUGCCUGGACUCUCUUGUUCUCUGAUGCUAAUUAAGGCAGCUGGGGCCCACCAGGAUGCCCUCAGCUUGUCCAUACAGCCCUGUUUAAGAGACUGCUGAUCAAUGAAAGAUGUGGAGAGCCAAUUUGAGAGACCCAAGGUUCCAGAUGAUGCUGGACCCACAUAGUUCUGACAUGAGGGUGUUUACUAAUCCAAGAAGUUGCUUUCUGCUCCUUUUCAGUCACUGCAGGGACAGAACAGGCUUUGCCUAGCUACCCACAUCAGGCACUUCUGAGGACAGCAAUAGUGGCUGUUGACAGCAGGAAGGCAUUAAAUUCCAAUACUGAAGAAGAAAUUUCCCUUGGUUCCCAAAGAUAUUGCCAAGCUGUGUCCUUGUCAUUGA